AUGAUUCAGUCCAUAACGUUGAUUUCUCCGGUGGUAAUUGCAAACUUCAGCGCAACAUGGUGUGGUCCUUGUAAGAUUGUGGCACCGUUUUACGUGGAGCUCUCUGAGAAACAUCCUUCUCUUAUGUUCCUUCUCGUAGAUGUUGAUGAACUCAGCGAUUUUAGCUCAACAUGGGACAUAAAGGCAACACCAACGUUUUUCUUUCUUAAGAACGGAGAGCAAAUAGGCAAGCUUGUGGGAGCAAACAAGCCUGAGUUACAGAAGAAGGUUACUUCUAUCCUUGACUCCGUACCUGAAAGUCCACAACGGCCUUGA